AAAUCAAAGUACCAACCUAGCCAUACUCAUUUGCAAAACGUUCUCUCCAGAUAGAAUAGAAAUUCCAUGAAUAGAGAGACUCCUUGUUAGGAACCUCUGAGAUACGUUUCUGAACAGUAUAUUUAUCUGAACCUUCCAAAAAUGUUGCGUACGCGAUCUGUCAGUUGUUGAAAGUUGUCGUUGGCCAUAUGUAAUAUAAUGUUAAUAAUGUCAUGUACAGUAUUGAACAGGGAAACUGAAAGACGAGAUUUCCACUUCAACUUACGUUGCCUCGCGGCUGUACUUGAAUAAGACACUGCCACACGCGUGUCUCUGCUCCUGUGACAAAUCUGGUCAACAUGUCCAUGUUCAGCACGGGCAUUCUGGUUCUCACAUCUCCCCUCCACACCCUCCCCCUGCGCAUUGCCCCGGUGCUCAGCUCAGCAGCCCAGGUGGUGGAGCGCACCCUCUACGUCCAUUUCCACCCAGGUCUGAACUUAGGCACCAGCGUGGGUCAGCCCAGGCCUGUCUUCAUCCCGCCAGUGGUGGACCUAUCCAGCCUUAUCACUGGGCUCUACAGCAAUGCUGCUAAUGUGUGCGCCCACCUGGAUGUACGGGUGCUCCUCACCAACGUACGCGCCCAGCCCAACAACACCACAAGUCCAGGGACAGGUGUGUCCGGGGGAGCGGGUAACCCCUUCCCCUCUCCACAGCCCCUCUCCCACUCCCCUGAGGUUGUUCUGACAGACUUCGCCCUGCAAGACCCGGGGCAGUCUCCGCUGGUAGCCCAGUGUCUGCAGAAAUAUGCUGGCAAAUGUUAUGUCUGCAAGCCUGGCUUGGUCUCCGUGCUGCUACACCCACAGCUGGAGAAGGUGGACAAGGUGGAGGAAGUCAGGGGCAGUGAAUUAGAGCCCAUGAAGACUUAUAGUGAGGUGGUGGUAGGGGGAACGUUUGACCGUCUCCACGGAGCACACAAGACGCUGCUAAAUAUAUCUUGCCUCUUGGCGAACAAGCGGUUCCUUAUCGGUGUGUGUGACCAAGACCUGCUGAAAAAGAAGGUGCUGAAGGAGCUGAUCGAGCCCUAUGCCCUACGGGUGCAGCACCUCAGAGAGUUCCUGCAGGACGUCAAGCCUUCGCUGCAGUAUGAGAUUGUGCCCCUGUCGGACCCCUUUGGACCCUCCAUCAUCGACGCUCAGCUGGAGUGCAUUGUGGUCAGUGAGGAGACCCGCAAAGGGGGCGAGGCUGUGAACAAGAAGCGCCUAGAAAACGGUCUGCCAGGGCUGGUGCUACAUGAAAUCCAGUUACUGAAGGAUGCCCACCACACUGAGAUAGAGGAGGAGAAGAUCAGCUCCUCCAGCCUCCGCUCGCGCCUCCUUGGCACCCUCCUCGCAGAACCAAAAGACAUGCCCCAUCUCCCCCUGGUACCCUAUAUAAUUGGCCUGACUGGAGGGAGUGGCAGCGGGAAGAGCUCCAUUGCCCGGCAGCUGGAGGCUCUAGGCGCAGCCCGCAUCGACAGCGACCAGCUGGGACAUGAGACGUACCGGCCAGGGGAGGUAGUCUACAACAGGGUGUUGGAGGAGUUCGGACAAGAUCUCAUAAAUGAGGACACAACUAUCAACAGACGUGCACUGGGCCUGAAAGUCUUUGGAAACAAGGAGCGGUUAAAAGCCCUCACCGACAUUGUGUGGCCGGAGAUAGCUUUACGGCUCAAGCAGAGGAUCCAACAGGCACGAGAGGAAGGUAAACAGGUGUGUGUAGUGGACGCGGCUGUGCUACUGGAGGCCGGCUGGACGGACAUCGUGCACGAGGUGUGGGUCGCUGUCAUUCCAGAGGAAGAGGCAGUGUCUCGGAUUAUGGCAAGGGACGGCAUUAGCCAGGAGGACGCUGUGCGGCGGCUGCAGAGCCAGUGGUGCAACGCACGGCAAGUGGAGCAGGCCAACGUGGUGCUCUGCACUCUGUGGGAGCCAGAGAUCACCCAGAGACAAGUAUGGAAGGCAUGGGAACUCCUUCAGAAAAGGAUCCAACAGAGACUGGAAAGAGCCAAGCCCUCAUCCUGAGCCAGAACUGGACACAUACACUACCACCCAUUUGUGGUUUCACACCACCUGAACAGUACAGACAGACUAUAACCCCAAGGGACAAGGGUAGCUCUGAAAUGCCCAGUGAAGUAGUCAUGUAAAGGACUUCUGCGAUAACAAACGUGAUGUCAUCAUUGAUUUUUCACACACUUGUUUUUAAUAACCGUUCAUUCACAAUGCUGUUGACGAGUGGGCAUUUAGCAAGAGAUGAAACAAGGCCAGACAAUGACAGCUGGAUUGUAUCCUGACCGCAAAAUUGCUGUGGUAAUUUCCAAUUAAGUUCAUUCCUUCCGAUCAUUCUGAGAGGAAAUGCUGUAUUCUUCGUAUUCUCUUAAAAAACGGAUUUAAUCGAGUCCUUAAUGUUAAAACAUAGCGAUUAAGUGCUCUGUCAGUUAAAGAUUUGGUGUUUAGAUUUUAACUUUUGGUUUUUAAUUAAUGACGUGUUAAAGCUUAAAUCAGACCAUCCUUGUUGUCUAAUUGAAUGAUGUAGUAUAAAUUCAAAGCUGUACUGUAAAUGCUCAUAUUUCAGACAAUUGCUUAGAUGGGUCUGUAUUUCUUUUCAAAGGCUUUGGGGCCAUCAAGUAUUUGUUAAUAUAGCUUUAAGUGUUGGGAGAAGAAUGUAUAGAAAAAUAAUAUUUUGGAUGUUUAUAAGGAAUUGUGGGAUAACAUUUUGUCAUUUCUAGAAUGAAAGCAAAAUAAAACUUACUAUCAGAAGAUUUAA